UCCACGCGCGGGCGCGGGCCCCUCACGCGCUUCCGGGCCAAUGGGAAGCUGGCCUGUUCUAGCCUGGGGCACGCGCCUGCCGCGCAUGGCCGCCGCGCGCUGCGUCAGGAAAUCCCCUGACUUGGACAAAGGCAGGAAGAAAAACCCUGUGCUUUUUGUGCAGCUGCGUCAACUUUGCCUUUCUGCGUGCAACAUAAGCAGUACACAUCAUUGCUGUAACCAGCAAACAGGAAUCAUAAUACGCAAAACAUCUUCUCUAGAAAGAAAGAUACUCUCAUUUUGCAUGAUCAUCCUCACAGUCCAAGAGACUGAUUUUUGUGAAAAAAGAUUUUACCAUUUUUUGUGUCUGUAAAAGACUAAAAGGACUCACAGAACAAGCAUUUGGAAACAGAAGCUUAUACAGCUUGACAUCCCUUGGGCUUUUAUUAAUGAACAUCCCCCUGCAAACUGUAUUUUUCAUUUUAUAACUAUCAGAUACAGUGAGGUAAUUGUGAGGUAAUCUUGUUUUGUGAUGGCACUCCUUUCUCAAGCUAGUCAGCAGGGUUUUCAGGCUUUGCUAUGGAAAUGUCACAUGUUCUGGCCUGUUUCAAGAUGCCAACAGCUGUUUGCUGCUUCUUUCAGCAUCCCUAAUAGGGAAAAAAUUAACUAUUUCAGUUUUAUGACAUCUUCCAGCACUGCAUUACCAGUGGACCCCAAAGAAACUGAUGUCUUACCUACCAAGAAAAGGUCUGAAAUUGAUUGCGAAGAAGGAAAAGGAUGGGAUGAGGAGAUUAAAGAAAUACCUGAAGGGAAAUUCCGCUUUUCUUCCUCUGUUGGAGCUGCAAAGAAAUGGUCAAUGAGUCGUGUUCUGUCAAGGCAUAAGUUUAGCAAUGUACAACCUCCAGAAAAACCUUUACAGGCUGAGGAAUGGAACAAACUAAGGGAGGAUUUCCAAUUACCUGAAAUAUUUGAGGAGGUGAUGUUGAACAGUAUGAUAAGGUGCAACAGCCCCAUUGAUGUGGCCAAGUCCUUGCUGACCCAUGUGGCAAAGCGUAAUGGUGACAUUGCAUACAAUGUGUUGGUCAAAUACCUGACACUGUGUGUCCAGCAGGGACAGGUUUCAGAAAUCCGUGAUGUGUAUGACAUAAUGAAAGUCAGGUUUAAGAUUUUAGAAAGUGGGGCUUACAACCUUCUGGUCAAGGGGUUGAGCAAUUCAGAUCAAUGGAGAAUGGCCUUGACUCUUUUGGAAGAAGUGAAAAAGAUUAUGAUUCCGUCACGGACGUGCUACGAGUCUUGUAUCAAAGCAGCCAGCCGUCACCAAGAAAUGAAACUCGCCUUUGAACUGUACAAUGAAAUGUUGGCUAAAGAUGUGGUCCCAACCUUGCAUGUCCUGCAGUCGUUUUUUGACUUCAGCAGGGGUAUGAAAAGUGCUGAGUUACAAAAAGAGCUCUUUGGUAUCCUCUUAUAUUUGAGAGAGAACCAAAUAUACCCUCACAAAACAUUUAUGCGGAGUAUAAAGCUAUGGUUUGAAAGUAUACCAGGAGGGAACUGGAGAGGACACCUGACCAACAUUAAAGACAGUGGACAAUGCCCAGUUUGCAAGCAUCAGCUGGAGGACAGUAACCUCACUGAAGAGGAGUACAGUAAUCUCAGUGAGAGAAUAAUAAGGGACGUGAUACAUGGAACUGACACUUUUAGAAAGACAAGUCCAAAGGAAUUUGAGGCCUUUCAAGCAUUUGUGGAAAAUCGACUUCCGUUUGAUAUUGUUAUCGAUGGACUCAAUGUUUCCCACAUAAAAUCCAGAAGGAUGCAGUGUGAAAAUCUGUUUGAUGCUGUCAACUGCCUGGCAAAAGAGAAUGCCCGGUUGCUUGUGCUGGGCCGCAAACAUAUGCUGAUGAACUCUUCAAAUUGGAAAAGAGAAAUUAUGAAGGAGAUACAGAAUAAGGCAGACUUCUUCUUUGCUGAAAAUAUCUCUGAAGAUGAUGCCUUCUUGUUAUAUGCCACUCUCCGAUCAGGCAAGCAUUGCAGGUUUGUUACUAGAGACUUCCUGCGGGAUCACAAGGCUUGUCUCUCUGACAGUCUGACACGUCACCUGUUCCGUAAGUGGCAGCGUGGGCACCAGAUAGUGUUCUUCUCUUCUGCAGAAGGAAGGAGUAUAAAUUUUUUGCCUGCUUUACAUUAUGACUGUGUGGUACAGACUACAGGUGAUACAUGGCAUAUUCCCUAUAAAGACGUUUAUGAGGAAAAAUAUUCAUAUCAAGUACCAAGAAAAUGGCUCUGCAUUCAACAGAAAUUAUGAAGAAUGUAACUGGACAAGCUGAAGCUGCCUUUCUUGUAAUCACUGUUGCUGGCUAGGAGAACUCAGCAGGACAGUUAUGGGAUUAAUGUGUGAGGUGUGUAACUAAAGAAAACUGAGUGACUGCUUUUGCCAAAAUCAUUCCUGCAUAUAUCUCUUAGCAUCAGUGGUGGUCCAGUGAAGAUGAAUUAUGUCCAUUAUUUCCAUUUUUACUGGCAGUUUUCGUAAUUUGAAUUAAAACUUGAUUUUUCCUGUUGGAAUUAUUGUUUGGGCAUUUUUCUUUUAUUUUUUCUCAAGCUUUUCAUCUACGCUGAAAUGUAUAAACUCUGUACGUUGAAGAAAUUAAGCAAGACUUGCAAAGUACCUUCAGAGUUUGUGGUGCUGACCUUGUGCAAGAGUGUUGCACAAUGUGUGCCUCUAUUCAGUGGAGCUAAGGGGGACAAAUGGUACAUUUACCAUUUGCCAGACACACAGAGAACUAAGACUUCCUCACUGUAAUUAGAAUUUGUUUGAUCUCAUAGAAUGCAAGAGAUGGGUUAGAAGAACACAUAGCAAUCAUUUGUUUGGAAGAAUAAGGAAAUAACCAGUGGAAUGUUUUGUGGCUCUUUCACACUCCUAAAUUUGCCCUUUCUGACAGGAUUUGGCAUCACUACAAUAGUUUGCUGAUGGACUUUUUAAAUGAAAAUGGAUAGACAGAAAUUCUUAAAGACAAUAAUAGGACAAAAUUGAUUCUUGUACAUUUCUAUAAAAUCUAUCCAGAGUUAUAAAGCAAAAAAACUGUAUUAAUUACAGAAAAAGUGUUUUAAGUUAUUUGUAAGUGUGUGUGGUAAAUGUGUUUAUUGCACUUACAACUUUAAUGCAAACAUUUCUCCCCCCAAAACAUAGAAAUGCCACAUAAAUCUCAGAUGAAAUAUCCUAGGCUUGUCACAUUUGUCUCGUACAAAAAUCCUGUUUGAAACUGAGAUGAAACAUGAAAAUCUUUUUGUAUAGAACUUGCAGUUCUAAGUUCUUGCAGGGCCCCAUGGCAAGCUCCCUCAGGACUCAGCAUUACAGCAUGUUCCCUGCUAUUUUUUCUCCAGGACAGUCCUGAUACAUGUUCUAUUUCUUGUAUCAGUUUGUAAACCAUCAGGUGUGAUUUGCAUACAGUCAUGUCCUUCAGGUACUGUGCAGAAAGUGUAGAGGAGCUAGGUGCCUCUUAAGGUAACAUAAAACCUUGGCUUUAAAUUCAUUAUAUUGUUAGUACUGUUCAUCACAGACCCUUUUCCUGACACAAUAUGACAACUCCUAUGGAGGUCUGCAGGGAAAGCAGAGAGAUUGGAUCUACUCUCAUUCCUCAAUACUUCUAAUUUGUCAGAAGAUUGCUUUUAUAAUUGUUUAAGUCAGAGAACUGCCACAUCUCCUUGAAAGUGGAAAUACACUUUUAAAUUUAAGUGUCUGCUCCUGUGCAGGACUGCUUAGUUAGCAGCUGCUGCUCUGUACGAGGCUCCCACACCCUCUGUAUGAAGUUCUGCAUGGCAUAAGCUGGUGUGAAUCAGUGCUGUUACAGUCUUCCUUUGGUACUAGCUCUGAUGGUCAUGCAGCCCAAAGCAAUGCAGAGCUGGCUCUUAAAAACUUGGUUUUGGCUAGGUCAGAACUGGCAUUGUUGCACUCAUCUAGCAUCAUUGGACAAGUACUGGUACCUGUGUGGGAGCGGGGUUCAAAUGUCAGGCUGCAGAAAGUGGGUCCCUGCAGCACCUCUACCUUAGGUCAGCCCUAGCUGAGCAGAAACUGUACCUUCAGGGUACCCAUUUCAUUGCCAGACAUGUUCAUCUGUUGAAGUUUGUAUUUUACCUCACCCUGGUCAUUAACAGGCAUGCAUAAUAUCCACAUAUAACCAUAAGUGCAUCCUCUACUUCCUUUUUGCUCAGGACAUAUCCCUUAUCAAUCAAUUUGCUUUCACCUCAAAAACUGUUCUUAGGUGAUGCCUUCUAAAUAAUACUACUUCCUAAAUACACUAAUAUACACUAAAUAUACUAGAAUAUUUAGGGAAUGAUGGAACAGAAUAUGGAAUUUACAGCUGGAAGGUAUUACAACAUUGGUGUCAGAUUUGUGACUUCUUUUUUCAAUGUUUUCUGCUCAUACACUUCUCUGCAGAUCCUUACAGGGAAUUAAUGGCCUCUGUGGAACCAAAGGGGAAACAUUAGUGAUGAACCUACAGACUUUCUGGUGUAUACUACCUGUUACAUAUAUGCAUAUGGUAUCCAGAGGCUCAGUUCUGAGGUUAACAAUUUUAAUUUUAUUUAAGACAUCUUUGAAAUAACAUUUGUUUUGUGUUGCUCUAAGUCUUCAAUACUGAAAUACGGUAUUUCAAAAUAACAAUGAAUAUGAGGAUUUGCUUCCAAGUAUCUAAAAGGAAUUCUGACGGUUUCACUGGCAAUAAAAAUAAAUGUGAGAGCUAAACCAAAGCAAAUAACAAAUAGCUGAUCUAUUUGACAUCUACUGCUGUUUAUAUAGUGGUACAGUAAAAAUUCAAGGUCAUUUAUUACACAGAUGUGUUUCAUGCUGAAUGCCAGAAAGGCAACUUUUCCAAACAGUACAGCAAUUGGUACCCCCAAAGAGACACUGACUGCCAUUUGCUAUUACACUGAGUGAGAAUGGGAAUCCAAAGGAACGUGCCCUUAGCUUAGCUUGCUGUGUGCCAUGGAAAUGGAGACACACUGACAAGACAGAGUUGAGAAAGAUGAACUGAGAGCCUGCACUCCAACAUUUAUCACCUCCAAGGUCUCCCACUUACUGCUUUCUAUGUUAAAAAGAUAGUGAGAACAGCUUUCCUCAGGAUCCUGCAACACAGAAUUGGACUCCAUACUCAUCCUCAUCAGAAGGGAUUUAACAUUAAGCCAAACGUAUGAUUGCUCUUCUGAAACAAUGCUGUACUCUGGAAGUAGUGUAACUUCUGAAAAUAGCAUAACUUCCACUCCAUCAUAUCCAUGGUAUUGAGCAACUAUUACUCUAUCUAAUUCAAAUACUGAAUCUUUGAUUCAAAACUUAAGGAUUUUCUUGGUUACUAUUUGGCAAUCAGGCUGAACACUUGUGUCAUGGGGUGGCUUUACCUUUAAGGUGGUUUUGGGAGCUAAGGAAGUUGAAGCUGCUGGCGGCUGAUGGGAGUCUUUCCUCCUGACCAAUUAUCAUCUAAGAAUUGACAGCAGUUUUGACCAUUAAAAAGUGAAGUCAACUUGUGAACAGCCCCUUAAGAUGUACAGUGAAAGCUCUCUUGUCCUCUUUGUGUUUCCGGCUUCUGACAAAGUAACAAGGCUCUGUCUUGGCCUCCUCCCCACCCCCCUCCAGGCCGGACAAGGCUGCAGAAGAGGGG